GCAUUCCCUUUCGUUCUUUCGCUUUCCGAACCCCUCGUUUUCUCUCCUUUCUUUCUUUUGAUCCUUUCUCUCUUCUUCCUUCUUUCCCAUUCUCUCACUCUUGGAUUUCUCUGGAGGAGUUUUGGUUCACAGAUUCCCUCUGCUGUUGCUGUUUUUCUUCACCUUUGAACCGAUUCCAGAAACCAGGUGGGAUUUUUUUUAUGGAUUUGGUUUGGAUGUUUAAUUUGAAGUGAAGGAAUUGAUGGGCAGGAGUGAUUUGGAUGAUCGAAUGCCUUUCCCCUGGUGAUUGAUGUGCAACCAAGGAAACUGAACAUGGCAGUAAGAAUCCCUUCCAGGAGAAUGAUUCGAUCCUGCUCUUUUGAUUUGGAGGACAAACAGUUGGAAAUUGACUGGGAUGAUGUGAUUUGCCCCAUUUGUUUGGAUUGUCCGCACAAUAGUGUCAUGCUACAGUGUUCAUCUUAUGCCAAGGGAUGUCGUCCCUUUAUGUGCAAUACAGAUGUGACUCAUUCCAAUUGUCUUGACCGGUUCAAGAAUGCUUAUGGAAUGACUAAUGUGGCAAAGUGUUCCUUGGGCACAAAUGAGGUUUCCGAGCAAAGCAACCAGUCAAUUCCACCAUGCUCAGAAGACCGUCCAACGUGCCCAUUGUGCAGGGGAGAUGUAACAGGAUGGGUUGUGAUUGAUGGAGCCCGUGCACAGUUGAACCUGAAAAAGAGAUGCUGUGAAGAGAAACAAUGUUCAUUUGUUGGCAACUAUGUUGAAUUACAAAAGCACAUUACACUAAAACACCCUUACUCUCGUCCAUCAGAGGUGGACCCUGCGCACCGGCUUGAUUGGGAAAACUUUCAGCAGUCCUCUGAAAUCGUAGAUGUUUUGAGUGUUAUACAUUCUGAGGUACCACAUGGCGUGGUUCUAGGCGAUUAUGUCAUCGAAUAUGGGGGCGUAGAGACAGGGGAUGAAUAUGAAGAUUUCCCGCGGAGUAAAGGUAGCUGGUGGACUUCUUGUAUAAUGUGUCAGCUAUUUGAUAAGAAGGCUUCAAGAAACCGACGGAGGUCCACAACAAGUGAAGAAAGGAGAAGCAGUCAUCGAUCAAGCUCCACUUCUUCCAGUGUGGAUGACGUUUACAGAACAUCCAUCGAUAUUGCAAACUACCAGUACAAUGGAAUGGAUGAUGAAUUUGUAGGGGGAAUCAGUAGCACACCGUCUAGGGGAAGUGAAAUUCGCCGCAGGCAUAGACGACACAGGUCUCAUGUCCGCUACCGCUGACGACCGAAAGUCUGCAACAACAUCAUAAUAUGUUCAUGUGGACUGGUCUUUGUUUUUGGUUUUUCCCCUCAAUGCCAAGCUUCUCUUGGUUUUUAUGUCUAGGACAACAACCUGUAUAUACAAAUCAUAGUAUUUCAUGUUCUGUUGUAGUUGAUUCUUUGCAGUUAUAUCCUAAUUGAUCUGUGCAAGUUUCCAUAAAUGCCUCAUUUAGUAGUUUCCAGAGUUAAAUUUAAGGGAUGAUGAAUCGCAACCAUUGGUUA